AUGAAAUCAAUUCUUUUAAUCCUAUUUUCUCUAAUUAAUCCACUAAAUGGAUGCAUACAUGAUGGUAAUAAUUACAAGGAUGGCGAUACUUGGGUUGAAAAAGAUGCAUUUGUUAUGCGAUGUCGCAUGACUGAUGAUGGGACAUCUUGGAUGGUUGAGAUAACAGGAUGUAAGACACCAUCGGGUGCAACAAUAUCAAUUAAUUCAAGUAUAAUUGAUGGAGAUUAUGAAUGGAAAUGUUCAAAAAAUAAUGAUGGACAAAUUGUAAUGCAAAAAACUUUACAUGCAAAUGCAAAAUGUGAUGAACAUCAGCGUGGUGAACAGUGGCGUGAGAAAUCAUUUUUAUAUGAAUGUGGAGCAGGUGGCCAGAAAAAAUUGAUAGCCUGUUUUGGUCAAGAUAAUGAACAAAUAAAUGUUGGUGAAUCAAAAGAAAUUGGUGGAUAUAUUGUGAAAUGCGAAAAAUAUGAUAAUGGAACGGUUAUAGUACAUGGCAUACGCAAAGGAACCGAAAAUGGAACAACAUUUCAGGUGGAAUGCAUAGAUUCGAAAGGUGAACAUCAUGUUGCAGAUUCAUGGUGGAUAGAUGAUCAACGAUUCAAUAAGACAUGUUUAUCAUCUGGCAAAAUUGAAGUAUUAAAUUGCAUUUCAAAAGAUGGCAUUAAAAUUCCAUUGAAUAAUGAAAUAAGCGUUGGUGACACGAAAUACACAUGUGAGAAAACAAGCGAUGGUUCAGUACGUUUUGCAUCUGGUCCAAUUGAUGCUAAUGGUAAAUAA